AUGAAUACCGAGAAAUGGAAAGAGUGUGGCGUAUCCACCAAGUUUCCCACUUACCGCAACUCGCCUCUGGUGACGGAACACAGCUGGCAACAAAGUAAGCGAAAGGAUGAUGGGGCCGAAGGAUUGUGGCGCAUACACGAUGGCCUCUAUGAUUUUACGGAGUUCAUUGAUAAACAUCCUGGCGGCAGCUUUUGGAUACGUGAAACGCAAGGUAUGGAUAUCACCGAAGCCUUUGAGGCGCAUCAUUUGUCUACGACGCCAGAGAAGAUGAUCCACAAGUAUAAGGUGAGGGAUGCAGUCCAGCCAAGGAUCUAUACGUUGACCCUGCACGAGGAUGGAUUCUACAGGACCCUUAAAGGGCGUGUGCGCGAGAAGCUAAAGACGAUUGACAUGCGACCUAAACGCGAAAGUGAUUUGAUCCAUCUUGGCUUAUUGCUUUCCACGUAUCUUUUUGCUGUGGCAAGUGUUAAAUAUAACAGUUUGUUGGCCCUUAUCCUGGCGAGCGUUGCUCUUUGCUGGACUGUAAACGUGGCACACAAUUAUUUCCAUAGACGUGAUAACUGGCAGAUGUACACCUUCAAUUUGGCAAUGUUGAAUUUCUGCUCAUGGCGCAUCGCUCAUUCCAUGUCCCAUCAUAUCUAUCCGAAUACCUUUUACGAUCUGGAGCUGACCAUGUUCGAGCCAUUUUUUUGCUGGAUUCCCAGUCCAUAUAUGAAAAGUAAGACAAUGAGAUAUUUAUCCUGGAUUUUGGAACCAUUUGUCUAUCCGAUUGCGUUAUUCCUGCAAAUGGCCACGCGCAUCUUUUACUCGCUGCGCCACACAAAUAUUAUGUACUGGCAUGAUCUUCUGCCCCUCUCUCUACCUCUUGUUAUGUACUGCGGAUCGGCUGGAUCGGCGGACCUCUUGUUUUGUAUACGUCAAUGGAUUUACUUGACGGCAAUUGCUAGCUUUGCAUUUUGCGUAAUCGCGCUGCAUGCCACUCAUCAUAAUCCCGAGAGCUAUCACGAAGGUGACAAAAUUCACGAUGAUCGUGACUGGGGCUUGUUCCAAGUGAGCUCCGUCGUUGAUCGUGCUGAUAUCAAAUGGUCACGUUUCCUGGUUAUUACCCACUUUGGAGAUCAUGUCCUGCAUCAUUUGUUCCCCACUCUCGAUCAUGGACUGCUGCCGGCUCUUUACCCUAUUCUCUACGAAACCCUCGAUCAGUUCAAGGCUCAGGUGCUUGAAUGUAAAAACAUUGAGCACAUUAUUGGACAGCACAAGCAGCUUUUGCGCAUAGAACCCAAACAACGAGCACCCGGAGCUGUCAAAUAAUAUACGUGCUGCGUCAUAGAGUUGAUUGCUUUAUAAGUACUUUGUACUAGGAAUUUUUGUAACAAACAAAAUUAUAUAUAUUUCUAUUAAUUUAAAAUAAAUGAACUAUAGGAUCAGAUUUGACUUA